CAAACACAAAAAGAGCAGUAAUGGGUGUGAAGAGAUCCUCAAGAACUAUGGGUUUAGGGCAUUGCAUGGUCUAUGUUGUGGUCCUAAGUGCCAUUGCGGCUACAGUGACAUCAUACCCUUACUCAUCCCCCCAAACACCACAAUACAAUUCUCCAACCCAUGAACACAAAUCACCUUAUCCACCUAAAAAGUAUUCCCCAUACUACUCAGCAUCACCACCACCGUCACCAAAAUAUAGAAGACAAGGUCCUAAGUACACGCCACAUCCAAAACCUUAUGUUUCCAGCUCCCCACCACCAUCUUACUAUUCUCCUUCUCCUAAGAUCACUGACAAAUCGCCACCUCCAUCAUACGUCUACAGCUCACCACCUCCACCAUACUACUCUCCUUCCCCAAAGGUUGACUACAAAUCUGCACCCCCGUCAUACGUCUACAGCUCACCACCUCCGCAAUACUACUCUCCUUCCCCAAAGGUAGACUACAAAUCCCCACCCCCGCCAUACGUCUAUAGCUCACCACCUCCGCCAUACUACACUCCUUCCCCAAAGGUUGACUACAAGUCCCCACCACCGCCAUACGUCUACAGCUCACCACCUCCGCCAUACUACACUCCUUCUCCAAAGGUUGACUAUAAAUCCCCACCGCCGCCAUACGUCUAUAGUUCACCCCCUCCACCGUACUACUCUCCUUCUCCUAAGGUAGACUACAAAUCCUCACCGCCGCCAUACAUCUACAGCUCACCCCCUCCACCAUACUACUCUCCUUCCCCAAAGGUUGACUACAAAUCCCCACCGCCGCCAUACGUCUACAGCUCACCACCUCCGUCAUACUACUCUCCUACCCCAAAGGUUGACUAUAAAUCCCCACCCCCGCCAUACGUCUACAGCUCACCACCUCCGCCAUACUNGCCAUACUACUAUCCUUCUCCUAAGAUAUACUACAAAUCCCCACCGCCGCCGUACAUCUACAGCUCACCCCCUCCGCCAUACUACUCUCCUUCCCCAAAGGUAAACUACAAGUCCCCACCGCCACCAUACGUUUACAGCUCACCACCUCCGCCAUACUACUCUCCUACCCCAAAGGUUGACUACAAAUCCCCACCGCCGCCAUACGUCUACAUCUCACCACCUCCGCCAUACUACUCUCCUACCCUAAAGGUUGACUACAAAUCCCCCCCCCCGCCAUACGUCUACAGCUCACCACCUCCGCCAUAUUACUCUCCUACCCCAAAGGUUGACUACAAAUCCCCACCCCCGCCAUACAUCUACAGCUCACCACCUCCGCCAUACUACUCUCCUUCCCCAAAAGUUUACUACAAAUCCCCACCUCCGCCAUACGUCUACAGCUCACCACCUCCGCCAUACUACUCCCCUUCCCCAAAGGUUGACUACAAAUCCCUACCACCGCCAUACGUCUACAGCUCAACACCUCCGCCAUACUACACUCCUUCUCCAAAGGUUGACUAUAAAUCCCCACCGCCGCCAUACGUCUAUAGCUCACCCCCUCCACCGUACUACUCUCCUUCUCCUAAGGUAGACUACAAAUCAUCACCGCCGCCAUACAUCUACAGCUCACCCCCUCCACCAUACUACUCUCCUUCACCUAAGGUAGACUACAAAUCCCCACCGCCGCCAUACGUCUACAGCUCACCACCUCCACCAUACUACUCUCCUUCCCCAAAGGUUGACUACAAAUCCCCACCCCCGCCAUACGUCUACAGCUCACCCCCUCCACCAUACUACUCUCCUUCUCCUAAGGUAUACUACAAAUCCCCACCGCCGCCAUACAUCUACAGCUCACCCCCUCCACCAUACUACAUUCCUUCCCCAAAGGUAAACUACAAGUCCCCACCGCCGCCAUAUGUCUACAGCUCACCACCUCCGCCAUACUACUCUCCUACCCCAAAGGUUGACUACAAAUCCCCACCGCCGCCAUACGUCUACAGCUCACCACCUCCGUCAUACUACUCUCCUACCCCAAAGGUUGACUAUAAAUCCCCACCCCCGCCAUACGUCUACAGCUCACCACCUCCGCCAUACUACUCUCCUUCCCCAAAGGUUGACUACAAAUCUCCACCACCACCAUACGUCUACAACUCACCACCUCCGCCAUAUUAUACUCCUUCUCCAAAGGUUGACUAUAAAUCCCCACCGCCGCCAUACGUCUAUAGCUCACCACCUCCACCGUACUACUCUCCGUCUCCAAAAGUGACAUAUAAAUCUCCUCCACCCCCAUACGCCUACAAGACACCCUACUAUUGAUUUUGAAAUUUUUCAUUAACAAGAAACAUUAUUGAAGUAAUUCUUUUUACAUGAUUUUUUGUUUUCUUUGAGUCUUCUUAUUUUGUUCCUAUGUUCAACUAUCUCUUGUUAAACCUUUUAUUUUAUUAAUAAAAAUUGGUUCUUUCUAAAUGCACUUUUUGUAUGUUAAUUG